AGAGAACCUAAGCUCAACAAAGCAGUCUUGAUCUGAGUGAGCCAGCUGACACCAUGAAACUAUCAGGUGUCUUUCUGCUCCUCUCUCUGGCUCUUUUCUGCCUCUUCUCAGGUGUCGUCAGCCAAGGAGGACAGAUCGACUGUGGAGAGUUCCGUGAUCCCAAGGUAUUCUGUACUCGGGAAUCCAACCCGCACUGUGGCUCCGAUGGCCAGACAUAUGGCAAUAAAUGUUCCUUCUGUAAGGCAGUGGCGAAAAGUGAUGGGAAGAUUAUCCUAAAGCAUCCAGGAAAAUGCUGAAAUAUAGCCAGUGUUUUAUUCUGGCUUGCCGACUCUCAAAUCUUCCUUUACUUCUGUUUUUACUUUUCUUCAGCGAAUCCCUUGAAUUUGUAAAGACAUACCUUCUACUCUAUCUGGAUCUUCAGGAGUUGAUGAUGUAUUUCCCUUGAUUCGCUUGUCAAUAAAGUAAAUUCUGCAGAAGCAUUAA